CUACUGCGGAAACCGAUUCCACUUAGGCUUGGCGCUAUAUAUGAACAUUGAACCCUCUGCUGUCUCCCUAAGCUGACGCACAACCUAGUACACACACCUUCGCAGUUUGCCGCUCAACACUGCACAGCGUUGCCACAGUUACCUCUGUCGUAGAGCAACCUCUUCACCCACCGGGUUCAGAUUUGAUGAAUGACUAGUGAAGUAACUAUGUGAAAGUUUGCCCUUGGUGUUGUGUUGUUGUCGUGGAUGCUUAGAUUUUGACUAUCAUUAAGGCAGUUACUGCAGGUUAUGGGAGUUGGUGAAAAUGGAUUUGGUGGCAUGAGAGUUUGUGUAGCAAGUGUUGAAAGAUGGUGAAGCAAUGGACUUGGUCAUUUAAACACUUCCACUGAGAAAGUUGUAACACUGAUUCUGCAUUCAAUUUGGUGAGAGUAUAUAAUAUAUAUGGCCUGCAAAUCUCACGUAUUUGGUCUGUCUGGUGGGGUUAUUGACUUUAGAAAACCUAAGGGCACUUGGUCUAGAAAGCAUUUGGGCAAUUGUGUGUUUGCUGUUUCGAAAUAUGAAAAUUCUGGUUUGAAAGGUAAUCUGCAACAUUCUGAAAGAUUCUCUAAAGGUGCUUUAAAUGGGGUCAAUACAUCCUUGAAUUUUGAGGAGUCUGAGAUUCAUCAUCUCUGCAGGUUGAUUAGAAAUGGGGAAUUGGAGGAAGGUUCUAGGUUUCUUGAGUAUAUGACUAACAAAGGAAAAAUCCCUGAUGUUGUUGCUUGCACUGCUUUAAUCCGUGAGUUUUGCAAGAUUGGUAGGACUAAGAAUGCAACUCGAAUCAUGGGAAUUCUGGAGGAGUCUGGAGCUGUUAUUGAUGCAAACAGUUACAAUGUUUUGAUUAAUGCUUAUUGCAAAUCAGGGGAGAUAGAGGAAGCCUUGCGGGUUUUAGAUCACACGAGUGUUGCUCCAAAUGCUGCUACAUAUGAUGCAGUUUUGUGUAGUUUGUGUGAUAGAGGGAAAUUGAAGCAAGCCAUGCAAGUACUUGACAGGCAGCUGCAAAGCAAGUGUUACCCAGAUGUAGUUACAUGCACUGUAUUGAUUGAUGCAACUUGUAAAGAAAGUGGAGUUGGUCAGGCAAUGAAGCUGUUCAAUGAGAUGAGGGGAAAAGGAUGCAAACCUGAUGUGGUUACAUAUAAUGUUCUUAUAAAAGGGUUUUGCAAAGAAGGUAGGUUGGAUGAAGCAAUUAUAUUUUUAAAGAAAUUGCCAUCCUAUGGUUGUCAGUCUGAUGUGAUUUCUCACAAUAUGAUCUUGCGUAGCUUGUGUAGUGGUGGCAGAUGGAUGGAUGCUAUGAAACUAUUGGCUACCAUGCUUCGUAAGGGGUGUUUCCCGAGUGUUGUUACUUUCAAUAUCUUGAUCAAUUUCUUGUGCCAGAAAGGCUUACUAGGUAAAGCCCUUAAUGUCUUGGAGAUGAUGCCAAAGCAUGGUCAUACUCCUAAUUCCAGAAGUUUCAAUCCAUUGAUUCAAGGGUUUUGUAACAGAAAAGGUAUUGAUAGAGCAAUUGAGCACUUGGAAAUAAUGGUAUCUAGGGGUUGUUACCCAGAUAUAGUGACCUAUAAUAUUUUGCUAACUGCAUUAUGCAAAGAUGGGAAGGUGGAUGAUGCAGUUGUGAUACUGAGCCAGCUAAGUUCCAAGGGUUGCUCUCCUUCUCUAAUUAGUUAUAAUACAGUGAUUGAUGGGCUUUUGAAGGUUGGAAAAACAGAGUGUGCUGUUGAACUUUUUGAAGAGAUGUGCAGAAAAGGUCUUGAAGCAGAUAUAAUUACUUACAAUAUAAUAAUUAAUGGGCUUUUAAAGGUGGGAAAAGCCGAACUGGCUGUAGAGCUCUUGGAAGAGAUGUGUUAUAAGGGUCUUAAGCCUGAUCUAAUUACUUGCACUUCAGUAGUGGGGGGCCUAAGUCGUGAAGGAAAGGUUCAUGAAGCAAUCAAAUUUUUCCAUUACUUGAAAGGGUUUGGUAUUAAACCCAAUGCAUUCAUUUAUAACUCAAUAAUGAUGGGACUAUGUAAAGCUCAGCAAACCAGUCUUGCCAUAGAUUUUCUGGUUGAUAUGGUGGCAAACGGAUGUAAACCUACUGAGGCUUCCUAUACUACUCUCAUAAAAGGCAUUACUUAUGAAGGAUUAGCUGAGGAAGCUUCGAAGUUGUCAAAUGAAUUGUACUCCAGAGGACUUGUGAAGAAAAGUUUGAUUGUAAAAGUAAGUCAAGACGUAGAAUAAAACAUCAAUAACAAUAGCCAAAUCUUAUCCCAUUAAGUUGGGUUCAGCUACAUGGUCUCGUUGAUCCCUUUUCAGUUCUAUCAAGAACCAAAAUUUCAAAUCAAUAAGACCAUUUUUGUGAUAGUUCUAUAAACCAAUUGAGAUGUAGUAUACAAUGCAUUUUUACAUUGCACUACUAAAUGGCUCUUUCUAUUUAUGAACUUAGAUUUUGUUGUCCCCUAUUUUAGUUACCACCGAUCACUUGGUCUAGUUUACAGAUUUUCGUUUUUACGUUUCAAUUUUGUAAUCCCCCCCUAUUAUAGAUUAUAGUUUGUGUUUCACUUGUUGGUCUAGAAUAUAAAUAUUCAAUUGAUCGUCUUCUGAAGCCAAA